AUGUCGAUGAUUGAAUAUUCUGAUUACUUCGCCGCAGAAUGUCUGGUGUCGAUAUCUAGCGGUCCCGUCCUACACCGACCUACCCCGGUUGCAGCCGCAGCCCAGCCCCCUCCCCAGGCCCUUCUUCCUGGGGAGCCUGAAUGGUCGAACGAGGACAGGGAGGUGCGCGAGACAAUGAGACUCGAUGGGGCCAACAUGAUGAAGGUGGCUGGGAUCCUCACGGACCUCCACAGCAAGUUCCGGCCGAUGUCGGCCUACUCGGAAAGCAGCAACUCCUCGUGUGGGGAGAGCGGCUACACCACGUUGUCUGACUCAACUACCCCUACCAUGACCCCCUCUGCUACUCCAAUUCCUGGACAGUACAAUGCCAUUCAGCAACAGUGGGGAGGAGGGGCGCCUCGGUCCCCAGUAAAACGACACCAGUGCACUUUCGACGGCUGUGACAGAGUUUAUGGGAAAUCAUCUCACCUGAAAGCCCAUAUCAGAACCCAUACAGGUACAAUUAUGCCGCUAGCUCUAACUGUAAAACAUGUUUUGGCCAUGUAAUCGGAACAAACAUAACUGUUCAUUAUCCAAGUUGUUCCAGAACUUCAAGUUUGGCCAUACUCACUAAACACUCCUCCUUUUGUGUCACUCUCUCUACAAUUUUCAUAUUGUUUUCCUGAAGAAUGGUGUUUUUCUUCGCAGGAAUACACUGUAAAUUGGGUGGUUAUCGUUUACCCGCGAGUUAGUACAAUACUCCCCGAAAGGGGGAAAAUCUCCGCAACAGAGGGCUCAUAACAAAGAAGUACACGAACAAAAGAUUGGGGCUGGACGAAAAAGCAUAGUAACUAGUGACGAACAUGCUACAUCUAGGCUGUAUUUGCAUACGACGAGCGAGUUCGAGAUGGAAACGUAGCGUUUGGGGUGGCGUUUGCGCAGGGUCGGUGGUUCUUUUAGCUCGAGCUGCCAAAUCUUUUAAUCCCACCUCGCAUCAAUGUGGCCAUUUGGUGAGAGUCAGGUCUUUGUAGAAAAACUCAGUUUUCUUUGUUGAAAUCAUCCAUGUCUGUCAAAGUUGUAUGUUUAGCGCUGUUACUUUGUGUACAUGCAUCAGGUGUCCGCACAGUCUUGAGGUUGAGGGUCAGUGAAUAACAGGCGCAUAUGGAUUAGAAGAGGUAACCGUCAGGGAACGCCUACAAAAUCGAGUGAGGGAGAGUUGGGAAGGUAUGUGCUAUUCGGCAUCCUUAGGACGUCCCUGAUCUUAACCAUUUUACAUUUCAACGGGGGGGUCCCAAGGAUACCGCCUAGCACAGACCGAGUUGGGAGUGUUGCAAAACGCAUGUCCGCUUUGCGGUCUUGAAUAUAGCCCCUGCAUCCCCUCGUUUGUUCUAUGGCACGAAAUAGGCUUAGAUUUCACAUUGGGGAUAUCCUCUUGUAUAAUAGUCAACAUAAGAAUUUACUAUUUACAGUAGGUUAUUAGCCUGGCUAUUACCCAUUUGGAGGACAGUCGUUUUGAAAAGCCUACUCAAAGUGAAAACUUUCACACUUUUAAUGUGGAUAAUACAAAGGUAUUUGACAACUUUGUGUCAAGUUAAUCACUUUCGAAACAAGGCAGCCUUUUGAAGGUUUCACAUGUCUGAACCCAGUUAGAGCCUUUCCUAGAAGACGUGGAGGUGUUGAGGGAGGCCUCUUCUAUGGCCGCCCACCAUAUGUUGGAGGCAGCCUGCCCUAUGAGUGUCAAUAUCUAUUGCAGUCUACAUUUUGCAUUCACUUUUCUACAUUUCACUAUUCACUACCCAUGUGAACCAUGACCAGGGUAGAUUUAAGUUUUUCUUUUCAAAAUAGGUUGAUUUCCUUGCAUAAAAAAAGGCUGCUGAUAAUAUUGUAAACUUUUUACCAAAUUGAUGGGUAUAUAGGGUUCUCCCAAUAAUUUACCUUACUACCAACCGCUAUAUGUCUUUCUACCUUAAUGGCUAGUGUUAGAGAUUGGCACAAGCAGGGUAAUGCUUGACCCCCAGUCUGACCUUUGUGCCAGACUCAGUAUUUUAAUUUGAAAGUUUGGUGUAGACCUAGACUCUUUUUUACAGCCCUCUAACCAAUUGUACUAUUAUGUGUGUUUUUCCGCGUUAUUUGUAAUUUAUUUUGUACAUAAUGUUUCUGCCAUCGUCUCUUAUAACCAAAAAGAGCUUCUGGAUAUCAGGACAGCGAUUACUCACCUCGUAUUGGACGAAGAUUUUUUCUUCAACGAGGCGGCCGCGAAGGAUAUCCUACAGACACCCGACAAGGCCCAAAUCCCCGUCAUUCGCAUGAGGAAGAGACAGAGAUAUCGUGGACGUAGGUCGGGGUGCCUUGUAAGGAUCCGACGGCGAGCGAGUAAACUGCCGCUCCCAUCAAUCCUAUUAGCCAAUCUUCAAUCAUUGGAGAACAAAUUGGAUGACCUAAGAUUACGGUUAUCCUACCAACGGGACAUUAAAAACUGUAAUAUCUUAUGUUUCACCGAGUCGUGGCUGAACGAUGACAUGGAUAACAUACAGCUAGCGGGCUAUACACUACAUCGGCAGGAUAGAACGGCUGACUCCGGUAAGACAAGGUGUGGCGGUCUGUGUAUAUUUGUAAACAACAGCUGGUGCACAAAAUCAAAUACUAAGGAAGUCUCGAGGUUUUGCUCGCCUGAGGUAGAGUAUCUUAUGAUAAGCUGUAGACCACACUAUUUACCAAGAGAGUUUUCAUCUAUAUUUUUCAUAGCUGUCUAUUUACCACCACAAACCAAUGCUGGCAUUAAGAUUGCACUGAAUGAGCUGUAUAAGGCCAUAAAUCAACAGGAAAACGCUCAUCCAGAUGCAGCGCUCCUAGUGGCCGGGGACUUUAAUGCAGGGAAACUUAAAUCCGUUCUACCUAAUUUCUACCAGCAUGUUAAAUGUGCAACCAGAGGAAAAAAAACUCUAGACCACCUUUACUCCACACACAGAGACGCAUACAAAGCUCUCCCUCGCCCUCCAUUUGGCAAAUCUGACCAUAACUCUAUCCUCCUGAUUCCUGCUUAUAAGCAAAAACUAAAGCAGGAAGCACCAGUGACUCGGUUAAUAAAAAAAGUGGUCAGAUGACGCAGAUGCUAAGCUACAGGACUGUUUUGCUAGCACAGACUGGAACAUGUUCCGGGAUUCUCCAGAUAGCAUUGAGGAGUACACCACAUCAGUCACUGGCUUCAUCAAUAAGUGCAUCGAUGAUGUCGUCCCCACAGUGACCGUACGUACAUACCCCAACCAGAAGCCAUGGAUUACAGGAAACAUCCGCACUGAGCUAAAGGGUAGAGCUGCCGCUUUCAAGGAGCGGGACUCUAACCCGGACGCUUAUAAGAAAUCCCGCUAUGCCCUCCGACGAACCAUCAAACAGGCAAAGAGUCAAUACAGGACUAAGAUUGAAACGUACUACACUGGCUCUGACGCUCGUCGGAUGUGGCAGGGCUUGAAAACUAUUACAGACUACAAAGGGAAGCACAGCUGCGAGCUGCCCAGUGACACAAGACUUCCAGACGAGCUAAACCACUUCUAUGCUCGCUUCGAGGCAAGCAACACUGAAGCAUGCAUGAGAGCACCAGCUGUUCCGGAUGACUAUGUGAUCACGCUCUCCGUAGCCGAUGUAAGACUUUUAAGCAGGUCAACAUUCACAAGGCCGCAGGGCCAGACGGAUUACCAGGACGUGUACUCCGAGCAUGUGCUGACCAACUGGCAAGUGUCUUCACUGACAUUUUCAACAUUUCCCUGACUGAGUCUGUAAUUCCAACAUGUUUCAAGCAGACCACCAUAGUCCCCGUGCCCAAGGACUCUACGAUAACCUGCCUAAAUGACUACCGACCCGUAGCACUGACGUCUGUAGCCAUGAAGUGCUUUGAAAGGCUGGUCAUGGCUCACAUCAACAGCAUUAUCCCAGAAACCCUAGACCCACUCCAAUUUGCAUACCGCCCCAACAGAUCCACAGAUGAUGCAAUCUCUAUUGCACUCCACACUGACCUUGGCAUGGGUCCUCAGAUCCUCAAAAAAUUCUACAGCUGCACCAUCGAGAGCAUCCUGACUGGUUGCAUCACCGCCUGGUAUGGUAACUGCUUGGCCUCCGACCGCAAGGCACUACAGAGGGUAGUGCGUACGGCCCAGUACAUCACUGGGGCCAAGCUUCCUGCCGUCCAGGACCUCUAUACCAGGCGGUGUCAGAGGAAGGCCCUCAAAAUUGUCAAAGACUCCAGCCAUCCUAGUCAUAGACUGUUCUCUCUGCUACCGCACGGCAAGCGGUACCGGAGUGCCAAGUCUAGGUCCAAAAGACUUCUCAACAGCUUCUACCCCCAAGCCAUAAGACUCCUGAACAGCUAAUCAUGGCUACCCGGACUAUUUGCACUGCCCCACCACCCCAUCCUUUUACGCUGCUGCUACUCUGUUAAUUAUUUAUGCAUAGUCACUUUAACUCUACCCACAUGUACAUAUUACUUCAACUACCUCAACUAGCCGGUGCCCCCGCACAUUGACUCUGCACCGGUACCCCCCUAUAUAUAUAGCCUCCCUACUGUUAUUUUAUUUUACUUCUGCUCUUUUUUUCUCAACACUUUUUUUGUUGUUGUUUUAUUUUAAAAAUAAAUGCACUGUUGGUUAAGGGCUGUAAAUAAGCAUUUCACUGUAAUGUCUGCACCUAUUGUAUUCGGCGCAUGUGGCCAAUAAAAUUUGAUUUGAUUUGAUUUCUGUCUCCCUUCACCAGGUGAACGACCCUUUCCCUGCACCUGGCCCGACUGCGAGAAGAAAUUUGCCCGGUCUGACGAGCUGGCUCGCCACAUGCGCACCCACACGGGUGAGAAGCGCUUCCUGUGCCCACUGUGCGACAAGCGCUUCAUGCGAAGCGACCACCUCAUCAAGCACGCCCGCCGCCACCCCGACUUCCAGCCAUCCAUGCUGUGCCGCAAAGGCUCGUCCUCCGGGGUCCAGGGGGUGUCCAGCCCCGCCAUGGGCCAGUAG